GACGAAGAUAUCUGGGACGUGGACUGUAGAGAUACUUGUGACUCUGGGGCUAGUAGAAGAGCAUCAGAGGCACUGAGGGAUCUGCAAGUGUUCAGCAGCCGAUCCAACAGCACAGGCGCAGGCUGAGAAGCGCAAUGGGAUCAGAAAAAGAGCAGAGAACUGAAUGAAAGGGACUCUGAUAACCUGCUGGGGAUCACUCAGAAGCCCACUGAAGUAGCCCCCAGUCCUGUGCCUGAGAAUGCAAGGAAGGGACUACAGCUGACCAUGUGGACCAUCCUAAUGAUUAUCUUCUCAACUUCAUCACUAACUCAGAUCGAAGCCAUGAUUACAUCAUGUGAAGUACUGAAAAUUAUGAAAAGGGAAGAAGAACUCUGCACAUUGAUCCUUUCCCAGGAAGAAGUGAAUAGAACAGCUGAAAAUGAACACCUUGGAAGUUCAGGUGGUUGCCUUGGAAUGUGGGAUAAUAUAACGUGUUGGCUGUCCUCUUCAGUUGGGCAAACCAUUAGAGCUCCCUGCCCCAAAGUCUUCCAGAUCAUAACAGGGAAAAAAGGGUAUAUGUAUCGUAACUGCACCAAGGAAGGCUGGUCAAAGCGAUUCCCUAGAACACACAUUGCUUGCGACUAUGAUCUGAAAGAAGUGAAUGCUACUUUAAUUUCACAGAGACCACGGCAAUCUUAUAUUAUGAAGUUAAAUAUUGUGUACACUGUUGGAUACAGUUUCUCCCUGGUGGCUCUGACAGUUGCCUCAGGUAUUUUGGCUUCUUUUAGAAGACUUCGCUGUACAAGAAAUUACAUCCAUAUGCAUCUGUUUGCAUCGUUUAUUUUGAGAGCCAUGGCGAACUUCAUCAAAGAUGCUGUGCUGUCUGAAGAUUCUGAUGAUGCUGUCUACUGUGGAUUAUUCAUGGUAAGAUGUAAGAUUGCCAUGGUCUUCUUCCAUUUCUGUAUUAUGUCUAACUACAGUUGGCUUCUCAUGGAAGGGCUGUACCUUCAGACUUUGUUAGUGAUCUCUUUCUUCUCGGAACGGAAGUACUUCUGGUGGUUUGUGGUUUUGGGAUGGGGCACCCCAAUCCUGUUUGUUACAACAUGGGCCCUAGUCAGAGAAUUCCAUGAAAAUAUUGGGUAAGCUACAAUUUUAAUAACUGUUCCCCACAUUUUAUGUCUAUAAACCAGUGCUGCCUUUUCUACUAAUAAGCUUUUCACAGCUGGUUUCAA